AUGACAGAGAUAGGAAGAGAAGUCAAGGAGAGCCAUCUGGAGCGAACAGCGGCCGAGCCGCGUGACCGGGCGAUGCACUCGGUCAUACUGUCCGACAUCCAGCCCGUUGGCCGGACCAUCCGCGUCUUGCGUCUCCAGAUCCCUCCUGGAAGCCCCGACAUUCAGUUUCUACCCGGUCAGUGGAUCGACACGUUCUGUCCAGGCGUAACGAAGGCUGGCGGAUUCACUAUCACGUCUGCGCCAUCGCGGGCUGUUAGCCGGCAGGACGGCCACCCUUGCUACAUUGAGCUGGCUGUGCGCCAGGCGUCCGACAACCCGGCCGCUGAGUGGCUGUGGCAGCCCGCGGCCGCAAUCCUGGGCGACACCCUCCAAGUGCGCGUCGGUGGCAGCUUCGUGUUCCCGCCACCGUCUCUAGGAGGCAGCCCGACUCUUGCGCCUCGCGCCCGCUUUGUCUUUGUGGCCGGCGGUGUCGGUAUCAACCCGCUGAUAAGCAUGCUGAGCUAUCUAGGGGACCAGCAAGAAGCCGCCCCUGUAGUCGAGAUGCUCUAUUCGACGCGAGAAGAAGAAUCACUGUCAACCAACAGCAAAGCCGAUGACGACUCUCCUGCUUCGCGCGUUCUCUUCCUCGACCGCCUAGCUUCGCUUUUCUCCACGGAGCGCCUUCGUGGAAAGCUUCAGCUGUUCCUAACGGGUGGCAGCAUCUUUGCUGGGUUGUCUGGUAAACUGAUGUGCAAUGGGCUGGACGUUUCCUACGGCCGAAAACGCAUCACCACAGCCGAUUUGGAUGCGGCCGUCCUUGGUGGCCUAGGAACUGGAGAAGACCAUGCCAGUAUCAUCAAGAGAACGUACGUCUAUGUGUGCGGCGUACCCGCCAUGACAGAUGCCUUUGUAGCACACUUGACGGCAUCUCGGAAGAGUGGUGGGCUCGGUUUGCCGUUGUCAAAUGUCCUAUAUGAGAAGUGGUGGUAA